AUGGGUGAGUUGAAUUUCUUCUUGGCUCUUCAAGUGAAGCAGUCCACAAAGGGUACAUUCAUCAGCCAGCAGAAAUACAUCAAGGAGCUCCUGAAGAGGUUUGAUAUGGAAGUAUCAAAAGUGAUUGACACUCCCAUUGCCACUGCUACUCGAUUAGACAUUGAUGAAUCUAGCUCUUCUGUAAAUCAAACCAUGUAUAGAGGCAUUAUUGGGUCUCUUCUCUACCUUACUAUCAGCAUACCUGAUAUUAUCUUUAGUGUGGGGCUAUGUGCAAGGUUUCAGUCAAAUCCCAAGGAAUCUCAUCCGAAGGCUGCCAAGAGAUUUUUGAGAUAUCUUAAGGGAACACAGGACCUGGUCCUGUACUACCCUCCAUGUGAUAAUUUUAAUCUUACUGGGUAUAUUGAUGCUGACUAUGCAGGUUAUCUUGUGACAGGAAAACUUCUUGCUGUGCUCAGCUCCUAUGGAUCAAAAAGCAAUUGA